AUGAUUCUCCCAGCCGAUUUGAUGGACCUAUCUUUUGGGCCAUCCCAAGACGGGCGCUCAAUUACACCCGCAAUUGAGGAUGCCUUAGGGCAACUGAACAACCAUGGGCCGCUUGCCACCACAGCCCAAGUGACAGGUGAAACCGCCAUGGAUGAAGCAGGUGGAGGGCUUUCACCGCAUGUUAACCGGCCAUCAACGGGGAUGGGUAAUCCACAUGACGAUCAAGAACAAAUCAUGGGAACCCUCACGCGCAUGAGAGACGUGACUCAGGACCCACGUGAAGAGUCUCCGGCAUCGAGUCAAAUGGACAAUAUGUUACCCCAGAGCUACAGCCGCCCCCUUCGCUCUGGUAAUCAACAUGUCUUCACCUCUUUGAGCACUGCCGCUGGAUUGGAAGGGGAGCGUGCCUCAGAUGCUCAAGAGUUGGCCGAGGUGUACGGUGGGGAAGCCCGCCACGUAGCUCAGUCCGUCUACAUUGGCCGCAUUCUCGCUGGGCUAGACACCGUCUUAGAGGAGGUAUCUAACCUCACGCGCAAAGUCGAGACCCUCAGCAAAGACGUUGCAACCCUUGAAUCAGUAGUCGAGGUUUUGUCACCACGUACAAAUAACCCAGGUCAACGUCACGUCGCCACCCAAGGCGAGGUCAACCGCGAGAUGAAUGAUCCGGAGGACGCAGGGCAACCCACCCAAAAGGCUUGGGUUGUGAGCAAGGAACUCAAUAAAUUGAUUAUUGGUCAAGCCCUCAAGAUGAUGACCAACCCAAUAUUGGAGGCUUACACCGCCGUCGAAACCGGUGGACGUCAACGAGGUCGAGGUCGACGAUCUGGAGUAUGGCUGACUUACUCCCUGUUCAAUAGUGUAAAAGUCUGUUACAGUCUGUCUCUGAUGUGCAAUAAUGUUUUCCAGACGCAUGCUGCCAAUCAACCUUCUGAAUGGAAAGCGCUUCACCUUCCUACCACAAGGCUAGGCGUCAGUGAUGCCACUGCAACCGCCGAAUACCACAAAAAAAUACGAUAUCAUCUGAAACAUGCUCGCGAGCGCUUUCAUAAACUUUUAUUACACUGGAAUCUGAUGAUAACUAUGGAGCUUCCACAGCUUUUGACAGGAAUUGAUGAGGUUGACAUUGGUGAAGAAGAUGGAGUUUUGGCAGUUCCAGCAUUAGAGGAGCUUUAUUUCACGAUCGCCCAAAGGUUUUGCAACACUGGCAAACAUCAAAAUGCAGAAUCAAUGUGGGCUGCCACCGGCGGCGCUACCCGUGCGCGACUGGCAUACGUGCGAAGAGAAGCCGCACGAAUUUACCAAAAUGGUAAAUCAUCGAGCUCCAUAUGGGAUGCUGUUGAUAUCCAGCUCGGCAAAUUAAAAUUGCAAAGUGGCCCUUACACCAUAGCGUUUUAUAAGCUUGUAUAUGACAAAGAUCUCGAGUUGUUCAAUGGAAAGGCUACCUUUGCGGAAGUUAAAGCGCGCUUUAACUUCCAAUUGCCAUCAGAUGCGGAGGUCGAGGCGGCAAUCCCAGUUGGGGCAGGGGCUAACGUGAUCAGCCAAUAG